UGGGCGGGUCACAUGGGGUGGCGGUGGCGAUGGCGAGCGGGCGAGGUCUGCGGCGGGGCUGCUGCUGCUGCUGCUGUUGCUGCGGGGAGCGGGAGGGCCGCAGUCCGGAGGAGCUGACUAUUCUCGGAGAGACGCAUGAGGAAGAGGAUGAAAUUUUGCCACGCAAAGAUUAUGAGAGUUUGGAUUAUGACAAGUGCAUUAAUGAGCCAUACCUGGAGGUGCUGGAAACACUGGACAACAAGAGAGUCAGGAGAUACGAGGCAGUUAAAUGGAUCUUGAUGUUUUUUAUCGGAGUCUGCACUGGUUUGGUUGGUCUCUUUAUCGACUACUUUGUUCAUCUCUUCCAAAAUCUCAAGUUUCAAAUUAUUGGAAAAUCGGUGGAAGAUUGCAGUGAGGGGGGCUGUCUUGUGCUGUCCCUCCUUGAGAUUCUAGCAUUCAAUAUUGGUUUCGUCUUCUUGGCUAGCCUGCUAGUGCUGAUUGAGCCUAUUGCAGCUGGGUCGGGAAUUCCGGAAAUCAAGUGCUACCUAAAUGGGGUGAAGAUCCCUGGGAUUGUGAGGCUGCGGACCCUGGUCACCAAAGCUCUGGGUGUGCUCUUCUGUGUGUCUGGAGGUUUAUUUGUGGGGAAGGAGGGCCCAAUGAUUCACAGUGGAGCAGUGGUGGGAGCAGGGUUGCCUCAGUUUCAGAGCAUCACUUUCCACAAGAUCCAGUUCAACUUCCCUUAUUUCCGCAGCGACAGAGACAAGCGGGACUUUGUCUCAGCAGGGGCAGCAGCAGGUGUUGCUGCUGCAUUUGGAGCUCCAAUUGGAGGGACACUCUUCAGUCUGGAGGAAGGAUCGUCUUUCUGGAACCAAGCACUAACCUGGAAAGUGCUGUUCUGCUCAAUGUCUGCCACCUUCACGCUGAAUCUUUUCCGGUCAGGUAUCCGCUAUGGGAGCUGGGGCUCCUUCCAACUGCCAGGGCUGCUCAGCUUUGGAGAAUUCAAGUGUGCAGAUGGAGACAAGAAGUGUCAUUUGUGGACAGCGGUGGAUUUGGCAUUCUUCAUUAUCAUGGGUUUGAUUGGUGGACUUCUGGGAGCACUGUUUAACUGUAUGAAUAGGAGGCUGGCAAAGUACCGUAUGCGCAAUGUGCACCCUAAGGCUAAGUUUGUCCGGGUCCUGGAGAGUCUGUUAGUUGCUAUGGUUACAACGAUGGUAAUCUUUAUAGCCUCUGUGACUUUAGGGGAGUGUCGGGAGAUUCCUUCACAAACUCAUAGCAACAAUGCAACACUCCAGGUAUCUGAGGAGGGGGUGAAUUCCAGCAUCAAGACAUUUUUUUGUCACAAUCAUACCUAUAAUGAUAUGGCUACAUUGUUUUUCAACCCACAAGAGACUGCCAUUCUCCAGCUAUUCCACCAAGAUGGGACCUUCAGUCCAGUCACACUCAGCAUUUUCUUCAUUCUUUACUUCAUUUUGGCCUGUUGGACAUACGGGUUGUCUGUCCCCAGUGGUCUCUUUGUGCCCUCCCUGCUGUGCGGUGCUGCCUACGGUCGACUUGUAGCAAACAUUCUGAAAACGUACAUUGGGAUGUCUCACAUCUAUUCUGGAACUUUUGCUCUCGUAGGAGCCGCUGCAUUCCUGGGGGGUGUGGUCCGCAUGACCAUCAGUCUCACUGUCAUUCUCAUCGAAUCAACCAAUGAGAUCACAUAUGGAUUGCCCAUCAUGGUCACCCUGAUGGUGGCAAAGUGGACAGGUGAUUUCUUCAAUAAAGGAAUUUACGACCUGCAUGUAGCACUUCGUGGUGUCCCAUUGCUUGAAUGGGAGACUGAGGCUGAAAUGGAUAAGUUAACAGCCAGUGAUAUCAUGGAACCAAAUCUAACCUACGUCUACCCUCACACCCGAAUCCAAUCAUUGGUCAGUAUUCUCCGCACCACAGCACAUCAUGCAUACCCUGUCGUCACGGAAAACAGAGGAAAUGAGAAGGAGUUCAUGAAGGGAAACAUCCUCAUCAGCAAUAACAUUAAGUUUAAGAAAUCAAGUAUACUGACUCGAGCCGGAGAACAAUACAAACGGAGCCAGUCGAUGAAAUCCUACCCAUCGAGUGAGCUGAGGAAUGUUUGUGAUGAACUGGUGAACACGGAGGUUGCUGAGGAUGGAGAGGACAUUCUGCAGCAAAUGCUGGAGCGAAGACAUGCUCCUUAUCCAAAUCUUUACCCUGACCAGUCUCCCAGUGAGGACUGGACAAUGGAGGAGCGCUUUCGACCUUUAACUUUUCAUGGCCUUAUUCUGAGAUCGCAGCUGGUUACCUUGCUAGUACGUGGAGUGUGCUACUCAGAGACCCAUUCAAGUUCAACACAGCCACGGUUAUCGUACUCUGAGAUGACUGAAGAUUAUCCUCGGUACCCUGAUGUUCAUGACCUCGAUCUGACCCUCCUCAAUCCACGUAUGAUUGUGGAUAUCACACCUUACAUGAAUCCCUGCCCAUACACAGUCUCGCCAAACACACACGUGUCUCAAGUAUUCAACCUAUUCCGUACCAUGGGAUUGAGGCACCUACCAGUCAUCAAUGCUGUGGGAGAGAUUGUCGGAAUCAUCACACGACACAAUCUGAGCCACGAUUUUCUAUUGAUGAAGCUACGACACCACAAUAUGACAAUUUGAUUCCCUCCCUCAUGGUGCAACAUUCCAGAUGCUUCUGCCUCACAUUUGCAAUGACGGUGAUUUUCGGGGCCAUCUGAAAAGACAGGACAUCCUUUGGUGCCAGUCUUCUCCACGUCCACCUGCCAGACUGGAUAAGCAAAUAGCCGCUGGAGGGUUUAGCUCCCCGGGUUUUAGUUUUAGUUUGCCGCAUUACUUGUCUGUUCAGUCUGUGGCUGAGUUUGUUAAUUGUGGAACUAAUUAAAGUUGCUUGUACUCGAGUGAAAUGGGCAGCAGUGAAAGGUUGUAGUUUGUUUUAUGAGAUUCAGUGGACCUCCAGACAUCAGAGAAUUUUGCAGUGAGGGCAGUCGGCUAAGCAUUUUAUGGAGCAUGGCAAAUUGGCUGACUCUGCAAUUUUCUCAUGGUAAAUCAAUAUCAAAAGGACAAGUCUGGGAAAGGCACAAAUAUGAAACACUAACGAGACAGAAAAUAGAGGAACUUACUAAUGGAUUUAUUCAGAGAUUGGUGAUUGCUCUUUUUGGCGUUUUGUUUAAACACUAGAUCUGCAGAUUAACUAGAUAUUGUAAUUCAAAUGAAUCUGUCCCUGUGCACAGAUUUGGAAGUUUGGUUUUAAAAGUUGCAGACCAGAAAAUGCAGUAAUACAGUUUCCAACUGAAUGGAGCAAGGUCAGGAUCUUUGCAUGGUUGGUUGAAGGAACUCGUUUAUCAGUAUCCACAGUUUGUUCCAUUUCAGUAUCUCUCAUAAUCCUCGUGGGAGGAAUCUGUUGCAGUUAUUAACUGGUUCACUCUGAGCCUUGUCGUGUCACAGUUGCUCUUAUUUCCAUGGUUACACAAUUUGGGGAGCUGCACAUCUCAAGUUGUAACACAAUCCAUGUAAGUGAUGUCUUGCAUGAUGCCACUACAUCAAAAGUUGUCCGCUUGAUGGUGAUCAGUGAGUGGCAGAUCUGAAAGCAAAAUUGUAUUGGGAAAAAUGUAACAAGUCCUCCAAUGAAGCCGUUAAUUAUUUUUUGAAGUAGGUAUAAUUGUAACAGAGUUGUCUUUUGCCAUGAAUGCAACAGCCCAGGGAAAAGAAGAGAUAUUAAGGCGAUUGGUGUGCUGAAGAAUAUAAUUAAAAUUGCUAGAAUUGAUGAGAAGUGGGAGUUGUUGGUUGAAGUAUUGUGCAAAAUUAGGUAGAAGCUAGUGAGCUGGCCACCACUGCCACACUGUUUUGCUGUGUGCGCUGUGGCCUACAGAGAAUCUCAAUUAAGGGAAAUUACAUUUGCAUGUGGAUUGAGGGCACAGUUAUUCUUCAUUCUUUUCUGUAAGUGGAAAAGCCAUACCAUGUUGUUAAACUUGAGUGUACUGUACUUAUGAAGGGUUAAUCCACACAAAGGGAACCCUAGAGCUCUGGAUCAUGAAAUGAAAGGGAAAAAACUCAAAUUCUGAGCCUCCAUUGUUCUUAAUUCCCUUUUCUUUAAAUUCUGUGUCCAAUUUUUUUUUUGUCUUUAAGAGUUUUAAUUAUUUUUAAGAUUAAAAAAUAGUAAUUUGGGACUUGAAGUUUUUAGUACAAGCCUUAGCUUUUGUUUUCAGUGUGUUCAUUGCACUUAAUCUGCCUUCCCUGUCACCUUAAGUUUUCAUCAUUUUGAUUCACACUUAUUGUACAGCCCUAGUGGACCGGGACCUGUACCCUGGAUGUGUAAAGUCACUGUAGCAGUUUUUGUGUUUCAGAAACGCUUUGUGAUGAGCUUGGGACAUUCUUCAAGAAACAAAAUAUCACCCAGUUAGUAGUUAGACCCAGAUGAUACAUCUGUUUAUUAUAAAGCAGUUAUCCUUUUUUUUCCCACUGUUAGGACAAUAUAGAAUAUCAGUGUCCUAAUUGGAACCUAGGUUGUCAGUUGGGUGAAUCUCAACUUAAUUUCUGAGCCAGAGAACAACUUUUAUUUUGGAUACCCUUUUGAGAAGUUUAAGUUGGGCUGUCUGUCUAGCACCAAAUUCCACAUGAUCCUCUAUAAUUCCCUCAAUCCUCAAAAAAUAACACCUAAAGGCACGACACAGUCUUGGAUUAUCUAAGUGUAGCACCAUCUCCCAUUGAUCACCCACCUUCCCCUCCAUCUCUAAUAGCAUGGAACACUGGAGUUAAGUGAUGGUUAAAUGUAGGAUUUAUUAAUUAACUGACAUUCGCAACCACUGAAAACAGUUUCUGAAUCUUAAGCCCUGCAACGUUUAAAGGCAGUGGAAAAAAAGGGACCUCCAGGUGAGCAGGGCUGAUGUGGGUUCCAUUCUCUAAUUAUGUUAUUAUUAUCUUCAAAGUCUUAAUGUCAGAUUGAUGGAUGUUAAGUUGCUGCAACCAGAAGAUGAUCACAUUAUCACAUUUGCACUUAUUAUUUUUUACAUUAAUUGUUUCACAUCAGAAUGCUUCUGAAGCCAAAUGUACUUCUCAUUUUAUUUUUUUAUUCCGUGUUUGUAAAAGCUCUGACCUUAUAACCACUUAUUUUUUUGAAGAUUAGGUUACAUUGAAAUAAAAUAUUCCCAUUUGUGGUGUUUGGGUUGUCGGUUCAUGAUAACUUUUACACACACUGAAGAAUUUUGAAGCAUUAAGAGGAUGUUGUGGCGAUUUCUCUGUCUUCUUAAGUUCCUUGCAUCUGGCAAAUUGCAUAAACUGAAUAUAAUUGCCCUUGAGUUCAGAAGGUUGUGGGUGCAACUUCAGUUCUGAUCAAACCAUUUUCAAAAGGUUCUCAUUGACUUUGUUUUUCUUGUACUCUGCUUGCAUUUAUAAAGCCCAGGAUCCCAUAUGUUCUUAACACUUUUUCUUAACAAUUGGCUAAUUGCCAGGCUGGUAAUACAGAUGCUUAUAUUGAGAAUCAGAGACCCUAGUUCAAAUCCCACUAUGGCAACUGUGCACUCUAAAUUCAGUUAAUAAUCUGGAAUAUUUUUAAAAAAGACAAAUCUACAAAGCUAGAAGAAUUUUUAAAAUCCCAGGUGUUUCACUUACUUCCUUUGGGAGGCAAUGUGACAGCCUUAUCCAGCCUGGUCCAUGUGCAGUGUCUGGCUCAAAGUGUUUGACUCUUAAAUAUGCCCUUGUGUGGCUCUACAAGUCACUCAAUUCAAAGACAAUAAGUUGUUGUUGCUCCUUUUCGUGCCACAUGGCGCAUCAGGUGGGUAUUUUUGCUGUUUCCAUAGCAUUUGACUUUUUUUAACAACACUUAACCCAGCACGGAUGGGAAGUGUGCAAGGAGCUGGCUGGAUUUGAACUCGAACUUCUCACAUCUAAAACAAUCACUGGGGCACAACCCAGGGAGUAAUCUAGAAAUUACUACCAUUGGAUAUCUGUCUUCUAAUCUCUUUAAUGACUUUUUUUAUAAUCUGCCUGUAGAGCAUUCUUUGCUUCAUUCACACACUCCUUUAGUGACUUACAGUCUGUGACAAUCUGCUGCAUGAGUAUUUCAAAGGUACAUUUAAUGUCAGAGAAAUGUAUACAUCCUGAAAUGCUUUUUCCUGGCAACCAUCCACAAAAAACAGAGGAGUGCCCCCAAAGAAUAAACGACAGUUAAAUGU